AUGCCAAGAGGAAAAGCCGGCUUAAAAUCCCCCACGAAAGCAGAUGCAAAAGAGAAUUUGCAACAAAGCUCUACAGUCGAGAUGAAGGACAUAGAAUCGACGGCGUCUGUUGACAUUCGUGGGGAAGAAGGCACGUGUGAGCUAUCCACACAAAGCGAGUUACCUAACAAUAUUUCGGAUAUGUCUGUAGAUGCCAAUACUACAAGCAACGAAGGGGACGGCAGUUCGCUACCAAGGAAACCAAAGCGGCUUUUAACUUUCGCAGGUAGUAAGAAAAAGGACGCGAAGCGACGUCAAAGCGGCAACAAGACCGAGUCAACUGACAACAACAAACAGGCGUCACCUCAGGUGGAAACACCACAAAAACAACAGAGUAUUAAAGCUGAGAGGGAUAACACUUCACCCAAGAAGAAAAAGAAUAUCUGCCAAUCUUAUAAACGACAAUUCUUUGACGAUGGACACGCUUACGAAGACCCAAGCUUGGUAGUUAAUAAUUCAACGACGCCACCACACAUGACUGAACAGAAUUAUCCCGAGAAUCCGACAGAAGCAAUUAAAAAGCAAAGCAAGAUGGAAGAACGACCACAAAGCCCUAGUAGUGUAAAAACCGGUUUAAGUAAAUCAACCGAAAGCAUAAAAGCAGCCGUAAAAGGCUUGAAAGAAGGGCAUGCCUCUAUCAUGUCGGAAACUUCAAUUCCUCGAAGUAUAUUUGCUGCACUCGUGGCGUUAUUGCUUUCGCUUAUCGUUUUUCUGGCGGUGUAUUUCUUGCUUCAUUGUCAUGCCGUUUUGUCUGUUGCUGUUGCCAUUCUUGUGUAUGUAGUAAUAUUCAUAAACCUCGGCUUUAUGGAUGGAAAACGUAUGAAGUGUUUGAUAUUGCUCUUGUUACCAAGCGUUUGUUCUCGAGGCGGGAGGCUAGCCUUGUAUUUAUUACUCGGCUACUUUGUUAUAACUGGACCUUUAUGUAAUAUGAUCGGAAACAUUAAAACUGUCAAGAACUCGAUGAAGUGUAUAAAUAAUGAACGGCCUGAGGUAGUCAGAGGAAUUAUAAAAACCUUUGAAGCGGCGCAAAAUUGUAUGAAUAGUAAGCAAGUGCUGUCCACAAAAGCAAAUAAGUCCAUGGAGAUUAAAUGUCUAGAGCAAAGGAUUGAGCAAAGGUGUUUAUCUGUCAAAGAUAAAUUUCAACACAGAUGCGGACUGAAAGAUCAUAAAAUCGCCCCAACACUGUGUAAUUUAUCUGCAGAAUUGUCCUGUAUGAAUGAAACAACUAUUCUUAGAAAUCUACAAGAUUGCCCAAAGAAAUUAUCAGAAAGAUAUUGCCACAGCGAAUUCCAUGAAGUCUUAGAAUUUCUAGAUGAGAUUACCAGUGAUGAUGAUGGUUGUGGCUUCCUAGAAAUAUUCAGCAUGUUAUUUCCACUGCUCAUAAUAUUUGUGUUGUAUGAAGGCUAUAAUUAUGAGAAUAAUUACAGGACAUAUAAUGACUUUCAUAACUUCUUCCUAACCGGACAUUUUCAAAUUAUUGACCAGAGUCGAAGCUCGUGUGACCGAGAUGCAGUGUUGCCUUUACGGAAGGUGGAACUUCGCAAGCACGUACGGCCGGCAACUGUAUUUAACCUGACAGAUAUCGAGAAGAAAGAAUUAUGGAGUAAUUUGAAAACAUACCUACUAGCUUUGCUAAUUGUGUUGUUUCUGAUACUUGCCGAUCUCUAUAUGUUCCGCAUGUUUGAUAUGAAAAACAAUGGAAAAUUGCAAUCAGACAGUGACGUUGUCCUAACUAAUAACACUCCUAUCACCAAUAUCAGUGAACAUUUGAAUAAAGCUAAUCAAAAUAACAAUGAAACACGUCAGUUAAGCAACAUAACUGGUUUUAAAGUAAGUACUACAUCUGCUACAGAUGGUUUUAAUGUAAGUACUACAUCUGCUCCAGAAAUAAAUCCCAACCCCCCUGUCGAAACCACCAAUAUUUGUUCAGCAAGUGUCGACCCUCCUGGUUCAAUUUCUAAAAUAAUCCUACCAAUAAUUUUCUCCCUCCUGCUAUUGAUUAUCAUCUUUCAAGCCCAUGUCUCGAGACUACAAUGGUACAUUUGCAGCCGGCUUUACACAAUGCGAGAGAAAGAACGGGUAUUUUACUUGUACAAUAAGAUCUUGGAAGACCGUGUUCAGUUGCUGGAAGAUUGCCGAAAGAGAAUGAAGUGUUAUCGCCGUGAAACAAAAACUCUAAACUCACUAAAAAUAACAAGAAUUCUUGCCCAACAACUUCCCUGGCUUUCAAAGAUAUUCAAGAUCUUUCAUUUUAAUCUGAGACGGUGUAUAAUUUGUAACGAUUCAGAAAAGCCAGAAUUCAAACUAUGCCAUGGCCUAGAUUGUUCCUGUGUCUAUUGUCUGACAUGCUCAUUUGAUAUUGAUAAAAAGUGUUUGUAUUGUGACACUGAACUCAAACAUAGUUUAUCUCUGAAACAGCCUGAUGAAAAAGUGGUUAGUUCCAAAGAGUCUCUGGUAUAA